GUGAAGCUUGGAAGAUUACAGUACAAGCUGGAUUAUGAUUUUCAACAAAAUCAGCUGGCUGUAACAGUGAUACAAGCUGAAGAUUUGCCGGGUAUGGAUAUGAGUGGAACGUCGGAUCCUUACGUCAAACUGUAUCUGCUUCCGGAAAAAAAGAAAAAAGUGGAAACCAAAGUGCAUCGAAAAACGCUCAAUCCAGUCUUCAAUGAAACAUUCAUUUUUAAGGCAACCGCAUCGGAUAAAUCAACGUCUCCGAAUUCAAUAGUCAAUUUUUUACAGGUACCAUUCGCUGAAAUUGCAUCAAAAACGUUGGUUUUCUCGGUGUUCGACUUCGAUCGUUUCUCGAAACACGAUCAAAUCGGCCAAGUGUUGAUUCCUCUCGGGAAAAUUGAUCUGGGACAAGUGAUCGAAGAGUGGAAAGACAUUGCGCCACCACCUGAUGACAAAGAAGCGGUAAGUUAUCCUCGAGAGAAAAGUUUGGGCGACAUUUGCUUUUCACUGAGGUACGUACCAACGGCUGGCAAACUUACAGUAGUAAUUCUGGAAGCUAAAAAUCUCAAAAAAAUGGACGUUGGAGGACUUUCAGGACUGCAUCAACAGCUUCAAGUGUUGAAAUGUAAACGUUAA